AUGACCGGGCAACCCGCCGAACUCAAGUACCGCCUCAAAGUGACGGCGGGCACGCAAUAUGACCCAGCAACGCACCAGCUAGUCCCCGUAAACGAAGAGCAGUCGAUGCGCAUCGAAAACGAGCACGCCAUCAUCAGCCUCUGCGUCCGCAUCCAGGACUACACAGGCUACCCGGACGACUCGCCCAAGACAAGCCCCUACUUCUCGCACCCCCUUCACCAAUCCGACCAGUACUCCAUCUCCUUCGCGAUCGUCUUCAAGCACCCCGUCAACGGGAAGGACCUCAUCUUCGGCAACGACUUCGACCGGCCCAUCCGCGACCGUCUGCCGCCGGGGUUCAACGCCGCCCUGCGUCUGGUGCAGUGGACCAUCGACCCGACGCUGGACGGCGACGCCUACGCCGACCGGCCGUACCUGUUCAGCCCGGCGUUGUCGUCGUGGAACCAGUUCCGGGUUGGGGAGAAGAUCAAGCGGGAUCAUGAGGUGCCGACACUGCAUGGGACGGUCGUGGAGGAGGGGGCCGAUGGGGAUGGGGUGGAGGUGAGGCAGGGGCUCGGCGUGGGGGAGAGUGUCGAGCAGCGGCGCAAGUUCUUCCAGUCCGAGGCGAACCGCGAGGCGUUUGUGUUUGAGGAGGGGAGGACGUACUGGGUGGAUUUUGGGAAUCCGUAUCUGGGGUUUAAUGAUUUCUCGCUACGGCUCCCCGGGUUUAAUAUCAAUGCGCUGCAUUAUGCCGACGAGGAGCACCAUUAUCUCCGGUAUGUGCUGAAGAACCGCGAGACGGAUGAUGUGUAUCUUGUGGUACUGUUUAUGCUUGUCUGCCAGGGGACGGAUGAUGAGCCGGAGCACCGGGAGUGGACGCAGCGUGCCAAAGAGAAAAAUAAGGAGACGCAUGAGCGGAAUGAGGGCAAGCUGGGGCGCUUUGAAUGGGAGCCAGAGCCGUCGGCGGACGAUGUUGAGUGA